GUCGUGUAUUCGGUGGCGAAUAAAUUGAAAAAAUGAUAAAUUUGUAACAAUCACAGUAUACCAACUACAAAGUAUUUUGUAUAAUUGUGUGACACAAAACAUAAAGGUUUGUAUUUUAUCGGCUCGAUGGAAGACAGAGAGAUGAUCGGUACUUAGAGGAAGUAAUGCUCAACUUGGACUGUUUCAAAUUUUCAAGUGUAGAUGUCGCAUUGAGAGAAUCAUGUCGCUGUACCAUGCCAACGCCGGUCAGGCGGAAAUCAUCCGUACCAUCCAGAAGGAUCAAACCUACGUGGAGGAAAUCCGGUCCCAGUUGAGUGAUAUCUUGCUUUUGAUCAGUCAAAAGAACUGGUUCAAGUAUCAGCACCUGUGCAAGUUGAUAGCGGAAAUCCUGUACCACCACUAUGCGAUCGUGCACAACCUGCAAACCCUCGGCGAAGAGUACACCGGUAUCAUCCAGGUGGACACGAACUAUGUGAUGUUACCGAAUAAGGCUUUGCAGAUAUUUGCUAUUCUGCUGGAGUAUGGCGGUGAGCACGUGGUCGAUCGAAUUCUAACCCGGCUGCAGGUGGAAAUCGACCGCAGUGAUGAGUUACUACCGGAGGCACGAGACGGCUUCAACAAGCUGAUCGAUGGGUUGAAGUUUAUUGUUCCGUAUGUGCGAGGAUUCCACACCAGUCUGUUCUACAUUUACGGUGGAAAGUAUCACAUUUCCAAGCGGCUGGUCGGAAUUAAUUACAUUCUGAUUCGGAACUGGCUGAAGGAAAACCAUUCCAUCUAUGGGUUUCGAAUACUGGGAGUCGUUACCUUGGUGCAGUUGGUUCUUUCGAUAAUUGUUAAAUGGGUGGAACAGCGCAGGAAGCUCAAGAACGCGAGGGCAACAGCCGGCUCGGCGGCUUCGGUCAAACGGGUGUCGUCAACAACCACCACGACGGAACCGGACGCGGUCAGAAGCAGCGAAAGGAAAUGUGCUUUGUGUAUGGAACCGGCGAUGGACGUGAGUACGACCCAAUGCGGACACCUGUUCUGUUGGGUUUGCAUACUGAACUGGCUGGACGAGCGGGAGAUUUGUCCGAUCUGUCGGGAGGCAAUCAAAAAGUCACGGGUGGUGAAGUUGCAGAAUUUUUGCUGAAACUCGAAGGGGUUUUUCGGGAUUUGGAUGGCGUGGUUCAAGGUUGGUGUUUAAUAUAUAUAUUUUUUAAUAUGUACAAAGUACUCGAAAGCUCUUCUUAAGGAGUUUUUUUUUGUUGUUGUUUGAUAAGCUACAAAAUAUUCCGUUUCCAAUCGAUAGCAGUAAAAUUUUUUUCCUUUGUAUACUUAAGCGAAAUAUUUACAUAAAAGUAGUUACCCGCCAGGCGGGGAAACCGCAGUCGUCAGAGUGGGAGAAAGGGCCUAAUAAAUUAGUUUAUUUUGAUGAUUUAAAA